AUGAAAGACGACGCCGGACGAGCGUCUGGGCCGCGCAGUUCGUGGGUCCUGUUGUCGAUCGUGACCAUCGCCUUUCUGGCCGUUGUCGGAGCCGUGCCGGGCGGGAGUGAAGCUGGUGUGGCCGCACAACUCGGCGAAGAGGGCGAUGUGGUGCGUACCGUGCUGGCCGAGUUCUACAACGCCACCGGCGGUCCCCGGUGGUACCACCGCUGCGCGCCACAACAGAACAACAACAACGGCAGCGGUUGCUGGCUCGACCCGGCCAGCGCCGACUACUGCCAGUGGCUCGGCAUCACCUGCCGGCCGGCCCCGUAA